AUGUCAAUUCAUCCAUCAAAUAUCGACCCAUGUGAUUUACGUUCGCAUAAAUUUUCUGUGCUCUUAUCUAAACCAUUAGGUAAUAAGAUGUUAUAUAAACUACCUGGUAUUGGAAUAAAUACUUUCAAAAAACUACAAAAAACUAAGCAAAUAGCUAAAGCUGAAGAUUUAUUAAGUGAAUUUAUUCAUAUAUUUCAAUGUGAUCAUCAAGAAUUUCGUUUAUGGCUUAUGAAAGAUUAUGCAUUACCCGAAUAUCGAGCUACUGAAUGUGUCAUUGCUUUAAUCGAUUAUAUUGAACAGGCAAAGAAAAAUCAAUGGGUUUUACCAUAA